AAUACACUCUCUCUUUCACAAGGGCAUUUAAGUAAUUCCACAUCCCAAUCUAUCCAUUCAUUUGACUAGCUCAGCCAAACACGAGUCACAUCCCAAUUGGCCAAUCCACAAACCCUACUAAUCAACUUUAUACCAACAAAAUCCCCAAAAAACCCCUACAAACUCAAUUAAUUCCCCUUCAUGUCCCCACAACUUGCCACGUAAACAAGGGCAAAACCGUCAUUUCACCCUAAACCUCACCGGAAAAUUCCCCUCCGAUAAUCCAAAGUCACCCUCAUUUCUCCCUUUUCCCGAAAACUAUAAAUACUUAUCUUUCUACCCCCCUCCUUUUCUUGCCCUAGACGCCUCCAUUUUCGCCUCUCCUCCGCCGCAACCCCUUUCUCUCUCUAAAUCGUUCUCCGAGCUUCCAUUUUCUCUCUCCUAGGGUUUUUGUUCUUCGUCGAUUCAUCGAUUUCGCCGAUCCGAGGUGUUCCAGCUUUGUAAUUAGGUUUUUUUUUUGAGUUUGAAAUUGAAUUUAUUGGUGGUGGUUUGGUUUGAGUGGAAGAGUGAGUGAUGAUGAUGACGUGGCGGUGAUGGAAGCUGUUGAACUGGCGAUUCCGGUGGAUGUUUCGAAGCCGAAAUUGAUGGGUUCAGACGUUUUUGUUGGAGCUAGGGUUUGUUCUACUGAUGGAGAAGCUCGUGAUUCCGACACCGUUUCGCCUUUUCGUGGUCCGAAAAUUGAUGAAUGCAAUACCUCUUUACAUAAUCAUAGAGGUACUUCCACUGCUUCUGGGCCACCUCCCUGGUUGAAGAAAUCAGAUGCAGCAUUAUGCAGGAACAAUUUUCUUCCAUCUAGAUCAACUACAGAAGAUGUAUCCUUGGGGUUGGUUGACGGGAUUUCAAGUGGUUCUACCAUCUUGAUGUCAGAAUAUGAAGGAAAACAGAUUCAAAGGAAGGUGGGAAAGGUUCCAAGAAAUGGAAGUGGCUUGUUUAAGAAACCCCGAAUGUUGCAAUCGGACAGUUUUUCAUCUCAUGCAGAGGCCGACGAAGUGAAGACAGAAUCAGAUAAGCUUGGCUCGCACCUAGUGAAAUGCUCCAAUGCAGACAAAUCUCAGACAGUUAAACAAAAGAACAAUAUAAAUGGCAGAAGGGGUGAUAGAAGAAGUUCUAAAGUUCCACUGAAGGCAAAAUUUGAUCCAUUUUCGCUGAAAGUUGGCUUGACAAACUUUAGUCCUACAAGUGGAGGAAGCAAUGUUUUUGGAAUAUAUGGUCUCAAGCCAGAUAAUCAUGAUGUCUCAAAACUUUUGGAUGACAUUUCUUUGGAUAAACUCCUUGAUGGAACCUAUAAAUGUUCUAAUCUUGGAAAAGAUAAAGGGAAGAAAGUAGCUAAUCUGACAGAGAAUAUACUGGAUUAUGUUAAAAAGGCUUGUUCUGUUAUUCGGCUUCCAGGGAUGCAACAGGCCAAACAAGCAGAAGAGAUGGAUAUCGAGACCAACAAGAAAAUUCCUUUGUCAUCAUCUCCCUCUAACACAAGUUCGUUAAAUGGUUCUGAUGGUGAUGAUUGUAGUCUUACUACAGGUUUACCCAAAUGUGAAAAGGAUCUGGAAGCGUCUGUAAAGGCUGAAUCUCCUGCUGACAAAAAGGAUUCUCCAUCGUAUCAACCUAGAAAUAUUUUGGAAAGGUUGGCACUUCCUCCACCAAAGGACUUGGACUCUUUGUUGCAGGAUGCAGUGAAGCCAGUGGUAUCCUCAAAGCUUAAUGAUUCACGUAAUGGCAAGACAUUAUCUCAUCGAGUUAGCUUGCCGCCUUUUCCCUGGUCCCAUAAUUUUAACGGGCACCAUAAAUCUAAUAAUGAUGCUGUAAGAUUAUCGAAUAAAAGCACAUGCCAAGGUAGAUGGGCAAGGAUAAGGAGCACUGCCAGUUUUAUUGGAGGGGGCAAUGAAGCUUUUGUGGACUUGGACUCGCUCACUUAUGAUAGUAGUCUUGUUCCAGCAGGACAAUUAAUGUACAAACUUCCCGAAAUCGAAAGAAGUCCAUCCAUUCCUGUCAAUCAACUGUGCUGUCAGCAGAAUUCUUCAUCAGCUGCAUGCCCAACAGCAUGUCUGCCACCCUCUGAAUCUGGAAGCAAUGUGCACUCCAAGAUUAGUGCACUGCAUUCUCCCAGAGUAUUGGCUGCUGCUCAGACGCUUUGUGACAUUGCAAGUGAUAGCUCAAAUAGGAUUUCAAACGGAAUGUUGAAAUGGUCAAAACAACCAUUCCAAAAAUCCAUGAAAGCUCGCAAGUCAAGAUCUAGUGAAAAACCCGAGGAGUUUAUGACACCCAAGUCAGAGACAUUAGUCAAUCAUGUAGUCAAGAGCAUAGAGUAUGGAUCUUCUUCAAAAAAGCCCAAAAUCUCUGUGGUUGAACGGAGAGAAGAAUUUAGUCACAUUCAUGCAGUUAUAGGACUGAGUUCUGUUUCUGCUCCAAGAUCAAACAGAACAUCCCCAAGCAGAUUGUCUAGGGAUUCUGUUACAGAAGCUAGAAACAACUUUGUGAAACCACAAUUUAUGGCUCCCCCACCUCCUCUUCCAAGGGUUUUGGAUAGGAGUAACCACAACCCACAGAAGUUGAGAAAAGUUUCGCCAAUGGAUUGGAACAGGACAAGAAGCUAGCUUGAAUGGAUCUAGCAGCUUUCAUCGGGAAGUUGUUCCUUGUAAUACCAAGAUCUGUUGUGAAGUUAUGACUGCAUAUGAAAUUUAGCUGAACAUGUUAGUUUGUAUAUAUUGUUGUUUAUGUGUAGCUCAGGAUUGAUGGUGGGGUCCUCCUUGAAGUGAGGCCCCAAAUUCCAGUGUUGUAACAUUAUAAGCUGAACAGAUUUUAGAGGUUCCUUUUUCGGGGGGGUAUUCUUUGCCUUGUACAGAGCCAUUCCAUGAGGCAAUUGUAAUUUCAGUUCCCUCUUUCCUGUCUGUUGCCAUUUUUAAUCUAUAACUAGUUACCUAUGUGCAGAAUUGCAAGAAUUAUCACUGAUAUAUUGAAUAACUGAAUUGUUGAUG